GGACUGGCAGGUGUCCUGGGGGCAUGUGCCCAGCGCGGGUGGGGGAGCAGCCGCGAUGGCACCCUACCAAGAUUGCGUUGCCGGGGGCAGUGCGCUCCCCCCAUACUCCUCUUCCUCUGCCAGUGCGCAUGGGUAGGCAAACUAAGGCCCGGUAGCUGGAUCUGGCCCAAUCACCUUCUCAAUCCGGCCCACGGACGGUCCGGGAAUCAGCAUGUUUUUACAUGAGUAGAAUGUGUCCUUUUAUUUAAAAUGUUCACCUGGGUUAUUUGUGAAGCAUAGGAAUUUGUUCAUUCCCCCAAAAAAAUAGUCCGGCUCCCCACAAGAUCUGAGGGACAGUGGACCGUCCCCCUGCUGAAAAAGUUUGCUGACCCCUGAGUUAACGCUAUAAACAUAAAAUUAACAAAAAAUACCAUCAACAAAAAGGAAUACGGAACUUGACAAAUGUUUGGUGUAACUUUCAGCUGAAGGUUUUAGUCACUGGCGUUCCAAUAUAGACAAUAAAAUAAAGAUGUCAUUUCUUAAUGUCCCAUGCAUUGAUUGAGAAUGAAAACCAUGCUCAAUCAAUUUUACAAAACCAAUGAAAGGAUACCAUGUUGUAUAGAAGGUGCUGGUCAUCUUUCCGGUGUGAUGUUCUUUUCGUAGAGAAGAAAUUUUGUCCACAAGCACAAUGUCCCAUUCUUGCAAAAUUCAAACUUCAAAAAGGUUUAUAUCUAGAGAUUUCUGAUUUUUUGCUACCACUAAUUUAGCCGCUGUUAGUAAAUGAAGGAUAGUACCUUUAUUGGUUACAUUUUGAGUCUGGAGCCUGGGGAGUGACAUAAUUUUUAAUCAGUUAUGUGAUUUCCCCCCCCCCCUUUCAACUCACUCUUAACUUCCAUAUUUGAAGGUAUCGUGUUGUAUAUCUUAUUUUUAUUUGUUGGCUUUAUUUUGUCCAGGACUGUUGUUGUUGUUUAGUCGUUUAGUCGUGUCCGACUCUUCGUGACCCCAUGGACCAGAGCACGCCAGGCACUCCUGUCUUGCACUGCCUCCCGCAGUUUGGUCAAACUCAUGUUCGUAGCUUCGAGAACACUGUCCAACCAUCUCGUCCUCUGUCGUCCCCUUCUCCUAGUGCCCUCAAUCUUUCCCAACAUCAGGGUCUUUUCCAAGGAUUCUUCUCUUCUCAUGAGGUGGCCAAAGUAUUGGAGCCUCAGCUUCACGAUCUGUCCUUCCAGUGAGCACUCAGGGCUGAUUUCCUUCAGAAUGGAUAGGUUUGAUCUUUUUGCAGUCCAUGGGACUGCAACUGCAUAAUAAAGAAUCUGUAUCUGCAUCAGUGAUAUAGUUCAGCACUAGUCCAACAAGGAACAUUAAUGCAUCUCAUAUUUGUAAUUUCCCUACUUAUGGAAUUCCCACACAGAGCAGCACACCAGAGCAGCACACAGAAUUGCCAUUUACCUUCCUGCUGUAGCAGUACCUAUUUAUCUACUUGCACUUUGAGGUGCUUUUGAACUGCUAGGUUGGCAGGAGCUGGGACCGAGCAAUGGGAGCUCACCCCAUCGCAGGGAUUCGAACUGCUGACCUUCUGAUCAGCAAGCCCUAGGCUCUGUGGUUUAACCCACAGCGCCACCUGCGUACCUAAGAUUAAUGUACUUUCAUGCAAAUCUCUUCUUUAUAAGCUGAAGCAGUUCAUUUUGCUUCCCAAGAAUAUGGCUUUUUUGUAUUAUCAUUUAAGCAUUAGAAAUGAGGAAAUUGUCUAUAGCUCACUGCAGUAAAGGCCAUUUUCUUUCUCUGUAUCUUCAUUAGUGCAAAAUAAUAUUCACCUAUCCAUAGUUCUUUCUAUAUAAUGACUCAUGAAAUGAAGUCUUUGUGCUCAUUUUCUGCAAGGAAUCAUUUGCUUCUCAGGCACCCAUCUCUACAUCCUUUGUGUUAUGGAAGGAGAAUCAUGUAUAUAUUUCUGUUUCAAACCAAUUUAGCACUUUGGUGGAUUAAUUAUUUCAAAACCUUCAGAUGAAAAAAUCUUUAGAAAAAAAUCUCAUUUUCUAUACGUAUGACCAUGAUAGUGUAAUGGGGACAGUGAGUCCACCCUAGCAGGGGAACAAAAACUCUUGCCCAUACCAUUGUGAAAUGACGAAGCCCAUGAACCUUUUGUAUAUUUCCAUUUAGGAGCAUAGAUACUGGAAGCACUCACAAAUGCCAUCUUUGAGUAAGUGGAGGGAACAAGAAUUUGGAAAAGGAUUUUGAUACAUAAAAGCAUCUAUCAUUGAUUUCAUCUAUACCAAUGAUUUUAAAUCAGAUUACAAUACAUUCAAAACAGCUAGAAGAUAAAAGUGAAAUUAAAAGCUAAAAGUCAAAACAGUUUUAAAAACUUAAGAUAAUAAAAAUUGUUUUAAAAUGCCUGCAUGAAUAACAAAGUUCUUGUCUGGUGCUCCAAAAGACAAUAAUAUUCGGUGCUACCAUGCAUAUGUCCCAUUAAGUUGUGCUAUAUGGAAACUUAGUGAUUCAUUGUAUACAUCAGUGUUUAUCAACCAGUGUGCCUCCAGAUGUUUUGGGACUACAACUCCCAUCAUCCCUAGCUAGCAAGACCAGUGGUCAGGAAUGAUGGGAGUUGUAGUCCCAAAACAUCUGGAGGCACACUGGUUGAGAAACACUGGUCUACAUCAGAUAUAGCCAACAGGCUCAUCAGCUUUCAUGCCUAAUGCUAUUUUUUUUUCUGGUUGCUGGCCACCUUCUAAAAAUUUUAUUGAGUUGUGGUAGCACAAUCUGACCUAAGAUUCAUUCAUAGGGGAGAAAAUGUCAAGCUGAAGGAAACAGAUUGCUAUUUCAUUCUGUAUGUAUCACGUACAUAUUUACAUCUCAUACAAAUGAGCCAGUGUGGUGUAGUGGUUAAGAGCGGUAGACUCGUAAUCUGGUGAACCGGGUUCGUGUCUCCGCUCCUCCACAUGCAGCUGCUGGGUGACCUUGGGCUAGUCACACUUCUCUGAAGUCUCUCAGCCCCACUCACCUCACAGAGUGUUUGUUGUGGGGGAGGAAGGGAAAGGAGAAUGUUAGCCACUUUGAGACUCCUUCGGGUAGUGAUAAAGCGGGAUAUCAAAUCCAAACUCUUCUUCUUCAAAUGGGGGGCUUACAAUAAAAAAGACUUUAAAAUAUCUAAUUAACACAUUAUAAAUUAAAGAAAAGCAUGUUUAAAGCAUAAAUGCCCAUACUACCUAAGUUAUUUAAAAGGCCCGUGUGAACAGAAAUGGCUCGACUGAUGCUCAAAAGACCAUAAAUGUGGCAUCAAGUGAGCCUUCCUGGGAAAGCUAUUCCAUAACCAGGGUGCUUGAAAAUGGCACAAUACUUCACCUUCAGUAAUAUUGCACCACCAGGCGGUUCCACACAUUCAGGGAAGAAAUUAGCAAACUACGCUUUCAGCUUGUUAGCAGUUCUUAACAUGGCUUAUAUUGUUGUAUGCCAGGGAUCUACCAGUCAUUUCCAGUUGGACAUCUGGCUGCUUUCUGGGAUUCUUUCACUGCUGAGCUAACAGUUUUGCCUAACUCAGCAAAGCAUGUUCUGAAGGAGAAGAUGUGCAUAGUUCAGAAUCACUUAAGAUCUACUAAGUGAUCCUGAGAAUGCACUUCUCCAGGAAUCCCAGAGGUUCUAAAAAGAAAGAAAACAGCUUUCUAAAUGCCACAUACAUAAUACGCACAAUAAUUCUAAUAAAAAAAAUUAAGAACAUUAAAAAUAAAGGAGGGGUAAAGGGCAGACCACCCAAGACUAAAGUCGUCAAAGCCCUGCUUUAUGUCACACUAAUUUGUCUGAUAACAUUAAUUGUAAAAUCUACUUUUUAUCUCAAAAUUAAACAAUAGAUAUUAUAAUCCCCAUGUCUUUAUCAUACUGAGGCUGUGCUGCAUGAUUUCUGGUGUUCUGAAACAUGGGCAUUGCUCUAGCUUUCUUAUUUGGGAAAAUAUCCUUGACUUUCUGCCAACCAAACUGUCUAGCCAUAUCAAAUGUCCUUAAGCAAACUGCACUUGAUUACCUUGGAGACGGCGGCUGUUAGAUUCACAUGGAGUUUACUACAAAAUUGGUAUAGACUGAUAUCCUCCUGUGCCCUACUUCAAUUCUGCUCUGUGUAUGUGUGUGUGAAUUGAAAAAUGAUGCAAUCUGUGACUGGAAGCAAGUGUGUUCUUAUGGCGUAUAAGUGCAAGAGCCAUUUAAUGCCAGAGCCUCAAAAUGCUUGCAUUAUUAGAUAAAUGCACAAUUUUAAGAGCAAAGGUUUCUCUCUCUCUCUCUCUCUCUCUCUCUCUGUGUGUGUGUGUGUGUGUGUAGCUAAUGCUUAAUCUUCAAGUGCUUUGUACAACAACUGAGCACUCUUGGCAUAUGAUGAUACGAUAGUUACAUAUAGAACAUUUGGCACACUGUAUCCUACAGAUAUAAAUAGCUACAACGGCACACAGUAGCAUGGCUGGCACAGCUACAGCCAUAUCCUUUGUUACAUUUGGCAACUCUGUCAUGUUCACUUUCUGUUAGUUGCACUCCCAUCAUUAAAAAAAAUAGAUCCAGGUUAUCAUGUCCUCUGUUUUGAGAUCAGGAGAUCGAGAAUUAACCUCACAUGCUCUGAAAACUCAUUUGGAGCAAGACAUUUUUGGAUGAGAGAAGCAGCUUGAGCAAGGAACUGCUAUCAAGCCCAGACACCACUCAAUUGCCUUCAACUCAGGGCAUCAGAUCAGCAAAACCUCCCUUCUUUUAGUUAUUCUGAAAUUGGAAUCAAUUAAGACUUGGGUGAUUUAUCUGCCAGUUAAUUAUCACCCAGAACACAAACUGACUGUUGAGAUAAGAAGAGGCAUUAAUUAACAGGCUGAAAAACAACCCAAAAAGCUUAUCUAAUCAGUGAUUAGAAAGUACAACAGAUAAGGAAGUUCUGAGGUGUUAAAAAUAUUCAUUUUUUAUUACUUGUAACUCUCUGUCCUGUCCAUGUGGUGAUAGAGGAGGCUGACACAUUUUUUUCCAAGGCAGAGACUGCCAAGGGAGAGAGUUAAACAAUUCAGUUUCACAAAAAUACCAUUAAACACCCUACUGAUGAUUGGUAUCAUGCAACAAUUAUCGGAUGAACAAUUGAAAGAACUCAGAGCUGAGAUGUGCAGAAUGCUGAAUGAAAAUGGUUCAGAGAAAAACCAAAGAAUUCACAGGACCUGUGGGGGGAAAGUGUUGAUCAACAUCUAUCUGAAUAUAAGUGAAAAGGCAAAGUGGGAAACAGCAGAGGAGGAAAUGAUCUCCACACAGGUGUUUGGAGGACUGAAACUGACAAAUGAUGGCAUUGGGAUGCUGUAAGAGAGGAAUGGAAUUUUGGACAGAAACGUUAAUAAACAUCCAGAGAUGGCAGAGAUAAAGCUGAGAGAGAAAGGCUUGUGUACAAGUUGAAGUGAAUGCAGAAGAGAAAGCCACCAAGCUUCUGAUGAUGUGUUUGGAAUGAUUUGUUCCCCUUUAAAUUAAGACAGGAAAACAUGGCCAACAGGAAAUGGGACUAGAAAAUAUGGAAUUGGAGACUUCUGGCCGAUCGCGCAGCAAUGGUGGGCGCCGUUCUCCUCAGCUGAGGGGAACGUGUGCCUUCGAGGCAAGGGGGGACUGCUUCAGCACAGCAGCCCCCCAGAAGAAACCCCAAAUCGAGCGUUUCAGGGAUGUGGAUCCGGCAGACGCCAGAAGCGAGCUCCCCCCUCCCUUGGCUAGCCUAAUUAUGGGCGGCGAGAGAGCAGGAGGGUUUGAGCUAACGCCGCGCAUCGGAGCAUAGCUAUCUUGGAGGCACGAAGCUGCAAUCCUGCCAGGCAACAGCGAUUGGUUCUUCCUAAAAAUUGAAAAAAUUCGAGGACAUUGGAUACCGUGAGUAAAAGGAGAAAUUUAAGAAAUUUUCUUAAUAAUUGGAAUGAAUUGGCCACGGGAGGAGAUUUAAACAGGAAGUCGAUCUCCCCCAUUGUGAGGACCAUAAUGCAGUUAACUUGCCUAUAAGCCAGAAAAGUGAAAUGAAUCUUUUAAAUAUCAAGGACUGAAUUCCUUCCCCCGGAGGCAGGGUAAAGGGGAGAAUUGCCUAUCUCCGACAGUACUCCUUAAUUUUUCUGUUAAAAUUAUUCACUUUUUUGUGUUAUAAUUAAUGUAGAUACAGCAGCAGAGUGUAUGCCCGCACUGCCCAGGGCAGGCUCAUGGGGUGCCCCCCUGAGGGGUGCGGGGUGCAGAGGGUGCCACAGUUCAGGGUAGGAGAAGGGUGGGGAAGCUGCUGCCCAUUUUCCUCCUGUUCUCCACCGCAAGGUCAGGAACACCUCCAACAGUGGAGGUGCUGCCACCAGGUGUGAGGUGUGCCACGGCCCAUCCACCUGCUCUCCUCCCCUGGGUCAGGCCUGAUCCAAGGGGAGGGGCAGCGGAGCUGCGUCUGGCAUGGUGCCAGGCUCCAAUGAAGGAGCCUUGCCCUAGGGGUGCCUGUUUGUGCCCUCUCUCAAAAUUGCCCGGCAUCCCUGGUACCCCCCUCAUGCUACGGCUCUGUGUAGAUGUAAUGUAGAUGUAUGUUCUCAAACUCUUAAGUAUCAGUGGAAAGUUUUCCUAACCUCUAAAUUCAAUUUGCAUAUAUUGAAAGCCACCUUUGAUUUCUUCCAUGAUCUCUGCUUUUUCACACAUUUCUGGAAGGCAUUGUAACUGUACAACCCCCAUUGCACUCUAAGCUUUAUACAAACAAACAAAAAAAAACACUUUCCUGAUUAUUUGUUUCAUUAGUAACAUUCUUCAGAUCAAAUUUACCUAAUCCAUGGUUGAGUCUACUAACGGGAAAUCAGUUCAGUGAACAAGAAUUUAUAUAACAAAAGAAAUGCUCACUUUGGGAAUCCUCAUAAUACUUUGUUCAUUGAAAGAAAUGCUAACCUCCAGACUUUGUAUUUUUUACUCUAAUGCUCUAGUGUUUCACUUCAGAUUUAGCUGCAAACGAGAGACUCUAUAAAGCCCUCUAAUCCAUCAAUCUCCUAUUUGCUGAACUACAAGUUUCAUGGUGCCUCAAAGUUUGCUUUAUUUCUUGUUAUUUUUAUUUCUUAUCACAGCUGUUAUCCAUAGGCAGGAUGCAUUUAAUUUUAUUGCAUAUUUUGCCAUUCUCCACUUUCUAAACAAUACAUCUUGAAUAUUCAUUAAUGUCUCUUUAUUUUAAGAAUUUUAGGCAUGGGUCUGCUUUUCACACUCAUUGCCAUGACGCAGCUGUCAUUGUUGAGCAUUUCCUUUCUUGAAAUGUAGCUACACAGCUAAUAUGUCCCUUUUCUGCCUGUCGUUAUAUAUUUUUCUUUUCUCAAAAGUUAUGGUAAGCUCUUUCAGCUAUUGCACCACAGCUAAAACUAUUCAGAGAUUUAUUUCCUUUUUACCUAGUCAACUGGACAGUCAAAAUGCAGUUUUAUGUAUUUCUGGCAGUACCAAUUCAUAUCUCUAGAAGGGCAUUGGUAGACUGGCAUUCUGUUUGGAACCUUGUUUUCAUGGUUCCUAGAGCAGAGGAAGUUAUCCAGAAUCAAAAGGACAAGUUGGGGUAUAUCAAAACAAGUACCUCUCUUUGUUAUAUCGGUAUCAUAAAUCCACAAAAGAAUGUACCAAAUUGGAAUCAAUGCAGAGUAGUGUCUAAAAUGUUGGCCUUGGACCAGAGAAGCCUGGGUUCAAAUGCCUGCUUGUGUCACUCAGACAUACUCAUCCUAACCUACCUUGCAGAGUUGUUGUGAGGAUAAAUUGUGAUGUGCUGUCCUGAAUUAUUUGGAGAAACAGCAGCACUGAUAAAUAAUUCCCGGAUAGCACAGGAUAUAGUGGACAAUAUGCUCACCCUUUUCCCCCAGAGCCAUGAAAUAAUUAGUAACAAAAAGUGCACAUGAAGAGAGAAAGAUAUACAGCAGGCUGGUUUCUAGACACAUUCACACACCCUCCUUUAACACCUGUCUAGGCAAGCAGGAGGCAUUAUCAGAGUUCGAGGCCUGGCAAAAACACUCAAGCAGAGCUAGUGAAGAAAUGGGCUGCGGGGAGACUCCUUAGGGUCAGAUAGAGGUGCUUGGAGGGCCACAUUUGCCCCCUGGUUCCCAGGUUCCCCCACCCCUGGUGUUAAGACUGGCUUGUAAUUGCUCUUCUGUGCAACUCCAGUGAGAAAGAGCUGCUUCAGAUGGAUUAGAAAUGGCUGCAUAUGUGUCUCUAAAGAGGACUGCAGUAUCAUUUGUAUUCUCUCAACUAUGCAGUAAACUAGAGGGACUAGGAAAGGUUUGUUUCUCGCGUGGUUGCCUAAUUGGACCACUUCAUGUUACGGAGAGCAUCCUUACAUACAAAUGUGAAUGGUGUGGUAGCACUUUUGGAUAAACUCUUUCAUUAAAGGCUUGCAUCCCAGUCAGUAGAGGAUGCAUGUACUAGUGCAGCUGCCCUUCUAAAGCAGCACUAGCAAAUAAUUUCUAAUCAAGUGAGGAAAGUGACGUCACUCUUGGUAAAUGUAAAGUUGCUUUUUCUGAAUGCAGUGGCCAAGUAAUUUUGCUCUGCAGUUGAGAGAAAUAACAAGGCUGUCCAGCUGAUUAGAAUGGGCUGCCAAUUUCCUUGUUUAAGGACACACAGCUUUAUGCAGCCCAGUAAUCAUAAUUGCAUCCAUUCAUGUUUCAGUUUGUUCAACUGUGAAGGAAUGGGAGAAGGACCUUUGUGGGAUUUGCAUUCAUUACAUCCAAAAUCCCAUGUUAAUUUUCUUUCUAAUGGCCCUGUGUCUCAAGAGCAGGGCUUUUUUUUAAAGGAUCUUAAUAGGUCUUGGCAUCGAAAUCCUAUUGCCAUUUACUACUCUAUGAGUGUCUAUAGUACCUUCAGUGGUCUCAUUGAUUUAAGUUUUGAAUUUUAAAUAUCAUAAUGCUAAUGGAGCACAAAUGGUCUGGCUUAGACUGCAAGCACCUUUUAGACUAGUCCUGUGUUAAAAUCUGCCCUUCAGUUUCUCAGAGGUUUCCAUCCACGAUGAUGUGAAAGAGCAUUCCAUUUUUCUGCCUUGUUCUCAGGGCACUUGAAAAUUUCAUGAGAAUUUCAACAGGUGCAGAGUUCUGAGCUUACCUCCUUGAUGUAGGUAUCUGAGGAUGGUAGGUGGUUUUUUUUUCUUUCCAGUAAACAUUUCUCCAGCAAUCUGAAGUCUCACUGCCUGCCUGCAACAAACUAAAGGCAUACUGUAUUGCUGCAGAAUAUUCCCUCACACUGGCAUCCUUAAGGAGAGUUUUAGGAGACUGCAGCCCGGCCUGGGCUGGUGUGGUGGCCUCAAGGAAGAACAACCUGCUCCUGUUACGCCAUUCUCACAUGACAAAGGAAGGGAAACUUUAGUCUUCCUGACCUGGAAAUCACACUCCCUCUUCCACCCUUCUUCCCAGCUCUUGACACAACUGUGAGUUUCAUACUCCAUAUGAUUUAUUUUUUACAAACGUUAAUGAUUGUUUUUUGUUUGAGGCAUUUACAUUCCACUCAAACAACGAAACUGAUGUUUGCAAUUAAAUAGCAAUCUGACAUCCCUGAGAGAUGCUGGUGUUGUUUCAUAAAAAAGGGGGGUUAGAUCAUUUCCCACAUGGUGAGAUAAUAAACCUAAGGUGAGAUAAAAAGCAUUUAAGGACUCCAGGCCCUACAAGAAAAUAGUCAUAUAAUUUUCAUAAGAGAGGAAAGAGUUCAUCAUCUGGAUGCAGGGAGAAACAAUAAUUUUUUAAAAGCAAACUGAUGAUGUAGCUGUUCAAGGUCCUGAACAGGAAAAAAAAAACAGUUUGGCACUGUGAUCCUAAUCAUACCUUGAUAUGUUCCUGCAACAUUCUCCCUGCUUGAAUAUUAUGCCUUUUCAUCUUAUGCCCUUGUUUGAGAUCCCUGGGCCUUCUAAAUUUAGUACUAGUUACAGGUAGGUAGCCGUGUUGGUCUGAUGCAGUCAAAACAAAAUAAAAAAUUCCUUCCAGCAGCACCUUAGAGACCAACUAAGUUUGUCAUAGGUAUGAGCUUUUGUGUGCAUGCACACUUCUUCAGAUACACUGAAACAGGUAGAUCAUGCCAAGAAAGGGUUUUUUCCCCCAGUUGUGGUAUUCGUGUGCAGAAAGCUCUUCUUGUGGAAGCACCAAAUUUAAUGCCCUUCUAGCAUAAAAUGAAACAAAUCAUUGCAAUGCCUGACCAAUAUAGAUAUGUUCAGAUAAUGCCCUAAGGGAACAGUAUUUGGUAUUUCAUAUCCUAAAUACUAUUGGUUGACACUUGACACAGAAUUUUUUAGGUUUGGUUAAAUGAGUUCAAACUAAUAACUGAGUCAUGAAGAAGUAUGUUGUUGCUGAUAUGAGAAAAGGGCAAGUUUGAAAACAAAGUGAGGCCAUAUAAACACAGACUGAUAGAGUUGUGUAUUCAAGCAAAUUAUUUUGUAGGUGCUGUGGGUAGGGAUUUUUUUUUUUUGUAAUUGUAACUGUCAAUACUCACACUCCUGGUACAAUGCAGUGUCUGCUUUUUAUUAUUAAACCUUAUUAAUUAAAAAAAGUUAUUAUCUUAUUAUGGUCCCUCAAACUCUCGGAGACAAAGCAAGCUGUGUCAAUGCAAUGUUACUCUUCUAGAGCUAAUGCUAAAUUAAUCACUGAUUCUGUUAGGCGUGCACAGGCGGGUGUGCUUCGCUUGUUUGCCAGAGGGAGAGCAAAACAUAAUAGUGUUAAUUAUUACAAUUUCAAUUCCCAGAUCACCUGCCUGAAAAUUACAGAGAGAGUCCUGUUCAUGCACUAAUCUACUAUCUAUCCUCAUGACUGGGUAGUCUAUUAGCAUCCAGAGCUAUGCUGGACAUGCUAGGCAAAAUCUGCCAGAAAGGCAGUUCUUGAAUGGUCACAUCAGCAUUAUUAGCAGAAAAUUCAUCUGUGUUCUUUAGCAAUUAAACAUUGCUGGAAUUGAUUGGAUUUAAACAUUCAUCCAUCCGGGGAGUAAAAUAUCUAAUUUGUAAGUGAGCUGUUUUUAACUGAAUCCAUUUUAAUGCAGAUUCCUGGGCUAUUAGAAAAAGCAAGAUCAAUAAAUCCACAGGCUGUAAUGGGAAGUGCACCUAAUUAAAGAUGUGUUUGAAUUAUCAACACUGUUGACAGCUGUAACCACAAAAUGGAGAAGUAGAAAUGUAGGGAUUAAAUGGUUACCUAUUGUGUUAACCUAAUCACUAAAAUGAAUUAAAAAAUACCAUGUGUUAAUAUGACAUAGACCACUUUUCCAUUAUUGUGACCUUUACAUGUUCUCCCAGGCACAAGGGAGCAUCUCAUCCAUGAAUACACCUGUGCAGCUGGGAGAAUGUCUGAAUGUGACUAGGGCUGAUUGCAGGGUCUUCCCCCACAAUAAUCAACAUCCUGGUGGGAGAGAGAUUCUGUGUAACAUGUUGGAUCAUUUAUAUCAGGCAUCCCCAAACUCGGCGGCCCUCCAGAUGUUUUGGCCUACAACUCCCAUGAUCCCUAGCUAACAGGACCAGUGGUCGGGGAAGAUGGGAAUUGUAGUCCAAAACAUCUGGAGGGCCGAAGUUUGGGGAUGCCUGAUUUAUAUGAAUGCUCAGCCAUCCGGGAGCCACUCACUGAUGUGUGAGAACAUGUGAAAAACUCAACGUCCUGACACAAUUUUCACUAGAUAUAUGGUAAAAUUAACCUUACACCUUGGCAGGAUGAUACAGAUAAUCCAGCUAGUUCAUCUUUAUCCUGAACUAAAAAUCCCCAAGAACUUUCUGCCCCCUCUUAAUCACUCUUUUUAAAUACCUUUUCCAGAUCAAUAAUAUCCUUUGGGCAUAAGUUUAAGUGGAACUGUAUUUUGUACUUCAAGUCUGCUGUGAAAACUCCAUAGCAUGAGUUCCUCAGAAUCAGAUUGCUCUGUUAUGUUUGGAGGAUUUCUCCAAAACAUAAAUGGUAGAGGCCAUUUACUUUGUAUGUCCUUCACAUUGUUUCCAUUCCUACAGGCUUAUGAAAAUGGUGACCAAUCUGUAUUCUGAUACAUGGAUGAAAAAUUACACUAUGUUUAACUUAAUGCAUUGUUACUGUGCAUACUCAACUGUAUUCGGUUUCCCUAGUCCUGUAAACAGAUUGUCAAAUGUGUAUUCCACCCCUCCCCAUACAGUCACAGAUGGAGAAGGACAUGCCUAUAAUAGCUUCAAAUAAAAUCUGUGUACCCACUGAAAAGCAUUUUUCAAAUGUAGGUCACCCAUUGUGAGAACUUGCUAGAUGAGCAAGAUGGAAAUUUUAAUUUGUUUUAUAAUACCAAUAUCAAAUUGUGUGCUUUUAUUAAAGUAAUUACGUUGCAGUGUAAUAAAAGCAAUUGUCACCAUUCUGUCCUGCUCUCCCUUUUGUAGAAGAAUUAAUAAGAAGGUGGUGUGUAACUCAGUCAGGUGUCAUUGAAAGUGAGAUAUUUUGAAAGCUAGAUUUGGGCUUAGGUGAGCUAUAGUGACAUUCCCACUCAGUCAUGUACUAACAGUAGGCUAGACUUGGGCUAGUCUGUAUCUUCAGUUCAGUCCCAGUAGGCAGUUUACUGCUUGUUGGCUGAAUGCAGUAAAUAUUAUACAAUACAUUAUAUUUUAGGGGCCUAACAACACAUUACUAAAGAAAUUUCUGAUAGGCUAUUUUCUUAAAAGCACCCAUAGGGUAGACAGUUUGGCUUGUGGAUUUGGAGCUUGAGCUGGGAGAGGGAUAUGUUAACACCAAGGUCCUUAUACAAAUCAUUCCUUCCUGGUGCUACUAUUAACUGCAGGGAGGGAAAUGGAAAAUGCUCAUGUUGUACCCAUGCAUAGCUGUCAAGUUUUCCCUUUUCUCGCGAGGAAGCCUAUUCAGCAUAAGGGAAUUUUCCCUUGAAAAAAAGGGAGAACUUGACAGCUAUGCCCAUGUGUUUCCCCCUCCAUUCCUAAUAGCAUUUGUGCCAAAUCACCUCCCCACGCCACCAUUCGCGGUUGCUUUUAGGAAAUAAUAAUUAAAAAUAGGUUCUCUCCCAUGGAAUUUGCAGUUUGGCAUUGUGUAACAAUAAAUAUGCCCCACAAAUGAUACCUCAUGAAUUCCAGCAGAAUGGAAGCCACAAGGAUGCUGAUCGUCAGUAUUAUGAACCAUAGGUUGUUCCUUGUAAAAGCAAUGAAAACAAACUUUAACAUUUGGAAUAUCCCAAAAGAACCCAUUGCUGGUGUGACUUAACAGCUGGACAGAUUAGUUGCAGGAGUUCAGGACCCUGGGUAGCUCUUUCCAGGAAGAGGCUGGAUGCGAGGCACUAUGAGCAGCUGCUAAGAUAUUUGCCUCCGCUCUAGGCUGCAGCCAGGCAUGGGUUUUUAUAGCCCUGCAGCUGAGGGAUUGCUUCUAGCUCUUGACCCCUUUGAGAGAAGCUGUUGACCUUACUUAGGCAUGGGCUCCUGUUGGCCAAGGAUCUUCCUGCUGCUCCAGACUGUCUGGUGGUACUGGCUCAGCAACAUGCGGCUAGUAGGUUUACUGUGUUCUGAAUCUCCAUGUAUGACCACUCUGAAAUGAGUUUCCUAGAAGAGCCGCAACAUAGGCCAAACAUCACAUGUGUAAAAACCUAGAGCAGCAGUCAUGCAUAUUAUUGCAUAAUGUUCUGGGCUGAGCAGUGGAGAGAAAGAACUUCUGCAUGUUCAGAGUUAAGCCCAUUACCCAGUAUCUCACAAUUCUGCGUUAGGAGGUAUAUUAUUCUUUUUAAAUAUAUUGAAACUACUGAGAGCCCAGCCGAAGAAUGUGAAAAAGAUUCAGUAGCUCACACAACCUCUCCCAUAAAGCAGCAGUAGAAUAUGACAGGAAUUUCUUUCUUAGGAAUGGAUGAAUCUUCAUUGCUGAAAGAAAGAUGGAAAGGAACUUUCUAGCCAACCACAGGAUGCUUGCACUUGGUUCCACUAAUUUCUGAGAUUUUCACCAGUCAGUGAGUCACAGGUUGAAAAUGAUGAUCCUGAAAGGAUGAAGUGUAAUAUCAUGAUACCGCACAAUAUGUUGGUUUGGAUCUCAGCAAAAGGUUUCCCAAUGAGUGUGAUGGAUGUCUUUUAUUUUCCCUGUUUAUAGUGGUGUGAAAUUGUACAAAGGAACAUUUGAGCACUUUAAUAUAAACCAAGUUAAAGAAAGAAUAUAUUCCCAUGGUUUCACUGUUCUUAGUGUAAUUUACAAGCGCCGGGACUCCUUUCCACCUCAGCAUGUUAUUUAUUUGUUUUUUCUAUUAAUAAAAUAUAAUUACAAGCCCCCAAACGAGUGUAGUGAAUUACAAAGUGAACAUAACCAUAGAUUUCUUCACAGAAAAUAUGUACUAUCACCCAACCUUACUCAACUCAAAACUCUGAAAAAUAAGAAAACAAGAAGGAACUAGCAGGAUAUUAUUCAAAUCAGUGGGAUGGAAAUAUUGUGCACCUUUACAUUAAUUAUGCCUAAAGGCUUGAUUUCAAUCCCAAGAGCACUUCCUAAGAGCAAUAACCAGCAACAGUACUGUAUGUUCUCAGGCUUAAGAUCACAGUGGAUGGUGCUGAGCUCAGGUAUUGCCAGGACGAGUAGUGCACUAUUUGAAAUAUUUUGAUUCCUGAAAUCAAACAAAGCUUGCCUUAGCCACUCAACUUUUAUUGUCAUUUCAUGUUGCAAAUAUAAAUUCAAAAUUUUUACCUUGAAUAGAAAUAAUGUUAAUACCGUAGUAAUAAAAGAACCGUGCAUUUUUUCAAACUCCUUUUAGCUGCUAUCAGCUACAUAACAUCUUUUAUAGGAAUUUUAUGGAUGACACAUGAUCAUAAAAUAAUACACUGUUUUGGUUAGUAGUGCUGCAAAUGUUGCAAAUAGCUGUGAAAGAUGUCUACAAAGAGCAUUUAAUGUACAGCGCCUGAAUAAUUUGGUAACAUUUGUCUGCUGUACUGUUGUUGAAAUCAGCACUGCUUUCUUUAAGAAAGCUAGUUCUGUGGAACUGCAUGUGUGUUCGAAUAAUAACCAAAUAUUGUAAAAUAAUUGGUUGCUAAUUAUUUAAGAUUUGGGCUCUCCAUAGGCAUCUGCAUGGCUGCUGUUGGAAUUGAAUGCUAGAUUAGAUGGGCCUUUUGUAUGAUUCAGUAAAGUACUUCAUGAUUACAGUGGGACCUUGACUUACGAGCUCCUCGACAUCCAACGUUUUCGACUUACGAGCGGAAAAAGUGGCCGUGCGCUUACGAUUUUAUCGACAUCCGAGUGGAAAACCCGUUCGCCGCUAGAUGCGGUUUCCUUGACUUAUGAGUUUUUAGAUGCGGUUUCCUUGACUUACAAAUUUUUCCGUUUCCAAUGCAUUCCUAUGGUAAACCGCUUUUCCUAUGGGAAACUCGACUUACGAAGUUUUCGACCUACGAGUGUGCAUUCGGAACGGAUUAAAUCCGUAAGUUGAGGUCCCACUGUAUAUUGUUUGGGCUGCAACCCUAAGGCUACCCAUUUCCUGAGUACCUUACAGGCACUUCCAAUUUCUAUUCUACUGGGUUAUUUUUCAUUUCUGUUAUCGAUCACUGCCCCACCUGCCCCUCAAAAAGCAGGGGUCAGUCCAGCAACAUAGUGAAACUUCUCACCUGGUCGCAAAAAAGCCUUUGUUUAUAUUAUCUUUGCUUUCCUAGAGUUUCUAAUUCUUGCGACAUGUGCACAACCAUCAUUAGAUCAGAACAAGCAGAAUUUACCUGAGCACUUGCUGGAUCAGGAAGGCUCUCCUCCAGAAAAUGCAGAGAGUCUAAGUCUGGCAGCCGCUAUCAAUAGGAGUGGUCUCAGAGACUAGCUUGUUGACUAGCUGGCUGUGCCUAUGGCUGUGUGCAUUGAAUAAAUACAUCUAGGAUUCUGGAAUUGGGCAAGUGUGAACACCCAUGCAUCUAAGCCAGGGGUCAGCAAACUUUUUCAGCAGGGGGCUGGUCCACUGUCCCUCAGACCUUGUGGGGGGCCGGACUAUAUUUUGGAGAGAGAAAAAUGAAUGAAUUCCUAUGCUCCACAAAUAACACAGAGAUGCAUUUUAAAUAAAAGCAUGCAUCCUACUCAUGUGAAAACACACUGAUUUCUGGACCAUCCAUGGGUCGCAUUUAGAAGGCGAUUGGGCCACAUCCGGCCCCCAGGCCUUAGUUUGCCUACCCAUGAUCUAAGCCUUAGAAAGAACAUGAUACUUUUCUAAUGCAUUUUCCCUUUGGGGGGGGGAACCCCUUUCUAAGCCUGAGACAGACUUCAGACUAUUUGCUUCAUUUUCAUUUAAAAGUACCCUAUACAUGUGGCAUGGGGGGAACAGUAUUAGACUACAGCUGGGAAGACUCAGAUUCAAAUCCUCUCUCAUGUAGCUCACUGGUUGACUUUGGGCCAGACAAUCAAGCUUGAGAGGGCUGAGAAAACUAGGAACAGUACAGUACUAGGCAUAGUACAGUUUGGUUAUCGUGCAUAAAGCAAAAAUCAUGUAUAGUCAAAACACAUUGGGUUCAAUAGCAGGUGGGAUUGCCAAACUCAUUUUUUCCUGCCCGCUUUAUUUUAUUAUUAUUGUUUUAAACAUGUUUUUAUUGAUUUUCCAAUAUUGUUCCAAUAGCAGCCUCAUUAUAACAAUAUCAAUUUUAUCCAGUUAAUACAAUUACAGUGGUGCCUCGCAAGACGAAUUUAAUUCGUUCUGUGAGUCAAUUCGUUUUGCGAAAAAUUCAUCUAGCGAAUCACAUAGGAAUGCAUUGAAAUUUUUAAAACAAUUUGCCCAUAUGAACACAUUAAUUGAAUUUCAGUGCAUUCCUAUGGGAAACCAUGAUUCGCUAGACAAAUUUUUCACAAAACGAAUUCGUCUAGCGAGGCAACCUCCGCUCGAAAAAUCUCUUCAUUAAGCGAAAAAUUCGUCUUACAGGGCAAUCGUCUAGCGAGGCACCACUGUAUUGAUGCCAAUUAUUCAAAUGUCAAAUUAUACAAUUUAAUCAAACUGGCCUCAACUUUGUGCUAGAUUUGAUGGCCUUGUUCUUCUACAUUUUUCUGUGUUCCAAAAUCUUAAUAAUUUCUAUUACAUUACAUUCAGAUAUACUAAUCCCUUAUAUAACAGCUGCAAUCUUGUGAUUUCAUUCAUGUUGGUAUAUUAGGUAAUUUAUAGUCUCAAGUUAGGAACUCUAACUGUAAUCCUUAUUCUUUCCUGCAUGUGACAGCUUCCCCCCAUGAAGUUUUCCCAUCCAUAUAUCAUGUUAUAGCCUUCAUUCCUACAACUGUUGAUGGUUCCCGUCAUACCUUGGAAGAAGUGGUUAUCUGUUUCCAAAAGUCACUGCAUUACUUCGUCCCAUGAUUUGGCUUCCAGUAAACAAGCCAUCUUCACCAUUUUUCCAGCCUAGGAAGAACGGUCUGAAUCCAGAUUGCAGAAAGUUAAUCCAAAAGCUUCUAUUCCCGCAGCUGGUAGACUCCUUUCCUCCCUGCCACUGAUUUAUGGCCAAUUGUCCUUAUCUCAAACAUAUUCCUUUGUGGAUAAUGGAGGUUAGGGAGAACUUUGCUCCAUAUUUUCAAAGUGUAGCAUCCCCCCCCCAUUUCCCUCUCAUACACGCAGUUCCAGUUAUGUUAAAUUCCAUAUUUAUAUUCCAAUUUCUUCCAUCCUCACUUGUACAGAUUUUAAAAAAACAAACAAACAAACAAACUUGCAUUCCAGGGAAGAAUGUUGUAUCAUAAAUGCAGAGAAAAACUUUGAUACAGUGGUGCCUCGCUAGACGAAUUUAAUUCGUUCCAUAGGUCUUUUCUUAUAACGAAAAAAUUUGUCUAGCGAAUCCCAUAAUAAUGCAUUGAAUUUUUUUUUAAUUUUUUUUUGCCCAUAGGAACGCAUUAAUUGAAUUUCAAUGCAUUCCUAUGGGAAACCACGAUUCGCUAGAUGAAUUUUUCGUAAAACGCAUUUGUCUAGCGAGGCAACCUCCGCUAGAAAAAACCUUUCAUUAAGCGGAAAUUACGUUAAGAAGGGCAUUCUUUACGCGAGGCACCACUGUAUAAGCAAACCGUGGGCUCCCCUCCCCCCAUUGUCUCUUUCACCUUUUAAAUCCGUGUACAGUAGCUGGGUUCAUUUUUGCAGUUUCUUAUCUCAUCAUCUCCAGCACGCACCUGUACUUUACUCCAAUUUCUAUUAAAAACCCCAAUUAGCAGGGUAACCUGUGCUUCCAGGAACAGGAUCGGGGGUAGCGGCAGCCAGAGUGGUCCGUGCACCCAGGGCCUUUGUCUGCCCUCACAUUCCAUGGGGAAGCGAGUGCCAGAACACCAGGCAAACUCCGGGUGAGAGCCAGAUUCCUCUCACAACCAAAGAGGAAUGCAGAAAAUGCUAUUCCCCCAUCAUUUUCUGUUUAUCUCCGUCUGUCUCUCUCUGCGGUGUUGGUGGAGGCAUCAAUCCCUUGGCACACAGGAAACAAGAAGCCUUUCCUGCUCACUUUCCACCCCCUUUCAUUUAUUUAGUAGUAGUAGUAGUAGUUAGUACUGGUAGUAGUAUUGUCAUGCGCAUAAAGCUGAAUGGGCACAAAUUAAGUGUGCAUAAGUUGUGUAUGCUGCCUGAAUCUUGUUGCAAGGUGGGAUCUAUAUUAAAAGUGUAAUGUAAUGUAAUGUACAGGUAAUGUAAUGUAGAUGCACUUCUAAACCUUUCCCAUGUUACCAUUUUCAGGAUCAAGGGUGACUUGAUAGAAGGAACCUAUGACUCAUUACUGUAACAUGAAAAAGGAGUAUAAAGACCAUAACAUUGUCUUAGGUUGUAGUGUUACUGAGGGCUCGUUCCCAUGACCCCAUCUGUGGUGGAAUGUAUGGAAUUGUAUGGCUUCCCUCAGUAACAAUUCAGAUACGGUAUUGUCCAGCCAAACACUGCAGUUGUAAUAUUUGCAUAAGAACCAGUUAAGUCCAGUCAUUAUGUGGUUACUUUCUACACAAGUGUUGUCCAUCUCAACAGCAUAUAAUCAGCUCACAUCCCCAUGAUCAACCUCCACUAUAGUACUGUUUCCAAGAUUUAUGGCAGCUGAGGUGUACUUUUUCUGAAUUCAAAUUGGUACUGCACUUUAUCCUUACUGCAAAAAAAAGCUUUACCAUUAGGGUUCCGGACUCUUCCCACCCCCCACCCUGAAAGGAGCCCUGCUUUUCUGUUUCUUCAGAAGGUGCUGAUCCAGGCAUAUUUCUGGAUUGGGAAACCCAGAGGAGAAACUCCUGAAGAAACAGAGGUGAUGUGCUCCUCUGAGGGGAUAUUAUUUUGCUGCAUCUCUGCUUGGAAAUGAUUGAAUCAUUCAAUCACACACACACACACACACACACACACACACACCCCAGUGCAGAAGCACAGUUGAAGUACCGGCCUCCAGCUGAGGCUCAUUGGAAGAAAGCAAGGCCAGCACAGCGAUAUAUGCAGAAAUGUAUCUGUCAGCCACCUCUGCAAAUUGUUACUUUGAGCUCACCAGUGCUCCCAGUGUGGCAUAAUGGUCAGGAUGCUGACCAUGACUAGGGAGCAGGAAGACCUAGGUUCAAAUCUACCCUCAACUGCGAUAGUCACUGGGUGUCCUUGGCCUUGUCAGGCCCUCUCAGCCUAAGCUGCCACACAAGGGUGUUGUGAGGAUUCAAGCGGGGAAUCCUCUUGGGAUGCUACUUGGGAGAGGGGCAAAUAAGGCAAAUAAAAUUGCAAUUACCCCAGUAUACAGAUCUUAUUUAUAUCCCGAAUAGAAGUGGUAACCACUACCCAAUAGCAGUGUAUGAAGAAACCCCCCCUACCUGCCUUGAAGUAGUCAUUUCUAAUAACAUUCCCUUAAAUCAUAUAUCUCUCCUUGUCUACCUGAGUGAAAACACUUGGGUUGGUGUCUGUUAAUGAUUAAAACUGGUUCUGUUUGUUUUGGUAUGCUUGCAUCCAUGCAGGAGUGAUGCAUAACAUACUGUCAGUGUAGUGUGGGGCGUGUCCUCGUGGGACCUGGGGUGCACACACUGGGGGUGAGGUGGGCAAUGUGAGGAGGAUGCAACAGAGCAGGCACUUGCCCUUCCCUUCAGUCGGGCUGAUUUGUUUCCCCCCCCCAAUUUUUUUAUUCAUUUUAAAUAUAAACAUACAACAUCCAAAAACACAUACCCGUAAAAACAUAGAAACCAUAUACAACAAUAAAUACCAAAAUACCAAAAAUAUAGCAAUAAUAAAAAAAGAAAACAGAACAAAAAGAAAAAUUUCAUACUUAUGAUUCUCAUUUCUUAACAUUCUGACUUCCUCAAGUCUCCCCUCACUGGGUUUCACUGUAAGUCAUCUUUAGUAAUUUCUAUACAGUAUCAUGCUUUCAAUCAACUUAUCUAAUUUUUUAUCAUUCUUUUCAAAUAUUCUUACUUAACACUUAUACCUAUAAAUCCUAAAAUGCUGAACAUAUUUCUCUCUACAGCCUAUAUCAACUUCCAAAUCUAUAUCAAACCUUUCAAAUAUUACAAUUCUUUUUUAAACAUACUUUAAAUUUCUCCCAAUCUUCUUCCACCAACUCUUCUCCCUGGUCACGCAGUCUCCCGGUCAGCUCAGCCAGUUCCAUAAAAUCAGAGAAUCAUAGAGUUGGAAGAGACCACAAGGGCCAUCCAGUCCAACCCCCUGCCAAAUCUAUCAUCUUCAUUUGCCAAUCAUCCACUGUUGGUAAUUCUUGUGUCUUCCAAUUCAAACUGGGCUGAUUUGAAGGGUGCCUGGCUGUUGUGUCCUCCUGGUGCCCUGAAAGCCCCACGCUGCUUUGUGAGGCUGGCAUGUGGGAUCAGACUCACAAAGCAGCGUGGGGCUGUCAGGGGUGGUGUUAGGAGCAAAAUGUGCCCCCCCAAAAACUGCACCCAGGGCAAUGCCCCCCUCGCCCUGCCCACACUACGCCUCUGUGUCCAUGCCUGGCACUUAACAGUGAAAAGUUUAAUUAUAUAUCCUUCCCCCAUGUGACACUAUCUUUCAUUGAUUUUUCAGGGAGGUGAGGGAGAGUGGGAUAAAACACUAAUUAUCAGCCCUUAUAGCUAUAUUUUUCCUCUUGCUUUGUAAUGUAAAUGAGCUACCUUUAUCUCCUUAAAAAAAAAGAAGUCAAAGCCUCUAUUGGUGUGUCUUCUGCUUUUAAGAGAGGAAGGGUCACCUGACUGCCACCUCAUCGGUGCUCUUUAUCUGAGGGAACCAAGAGUAAUAGGUAGAGAGAUGGGCAUAGAAUAGGUCAUCACUGCUCAGAUGCUUAAAGGAUCCUGACUGAAGGAGAGCAGAGUUAGGCUGCUGGUGGGGGUUGGGGAGAGAGACAGAGAGACUCCGGAGCUGCUGCUGCUGCUGCUGCCUGCUUGCCUUUGGAGGAGAGAAAACAAAAGCGCUCAGCUGCAGUUUUGUGUUGCUGUGUCUGGCUUUAGCGGAAAAUUCUAGACACCCGCGCUGAAAACUCUCAAGCACAGCCGAGGCUUCUUCCCUCUCAAGAAGAUUAUUCUCUUCCCUUACAAAUGGGUUGUAUCAGUACAGGUGGCCUCACUAUCAGGAGAAGGCAGACUGGCUAAAUGAGGACCAUGGAAAGGCACUACAAGGCCUCAUAAGGAGGGGGAGGUCCCUGGUGUGGAUUAUAUCUUCAUCACUGUUGAAGAUUUUAUGGAACUAGAGAAAAGUGGUGCUCUCUUGGAAAGCGGGACAUAUGAAGACAACUACUACGGUACUCCAAAGCCUCCAGCAGAGCCAACCCCAUUGUUGUUAAAUGUAACAGACCAGUUACUCCCCGGUGCAACACCCAGUGCUGAAGGCAAACGCAAAAGAAAUAAGUCGGUGAGCAACAUGGAGAAGACUGGAAUAGAGCCCCCAGAGGAAGAGGAGGAAGAAAGAGCUGUCGUCAAUGGAAAUGGCAUGGCAAUAACACCAGAAUCAAGUGAACAUGAAGAGAAGAGUACAGUUGCCUCAGGUGAAACUUCCUCACAGCCUUAUCCUGCACCAGUAUAUAGCCAACCUGAAGAGGUAAAAGAGGAUAUGGAUGUAACAAAGCAACCGAAACCAGAAGAAAAUGAUGAAUUGGGCCCAUUGCCUGACAAUUGGGAAAUGGCUUACACAGAGAAGGGAGAAGUCUACUUCAUUGACCAUAACACAAAGACAACAUCAUGGCUGGAUCCGCGACUUGCGAAAAAGGCUAAACCUCCCGAAGAGUGCAAAGAAAAUGAUCUUAAUCUAAUGGGUCGGAUCCAAAGGUUCCCUUCUUCCGACGGAGGAAGCUUUCCUCUGACAGAGGAAGAGAAUAAAGAGCUACCAUAUGGCUGGGAGAAAAUUGAUGAUCCCAUUUAUGGCACUUAUUAUGUUGACCACAUAAAUAGAAGAACACAAUUUGAAAAUCCUGUUUUGGAAGCAAAGAGGAAGCUACAGCAGCGUGCCAUGACCAACGCAGAACUUGGAACCAAGCCUAUGCCGGCCCAAGGUUUCCGAGUAGAAAGCUCCUCAUCAACAUUACCUAGGCCCAAACUUGCUCACCCGUGCCCAGCGCCUCAGAGGUCUCGCAGUGUGAGUGACCUGUCUCUGUAUCGGCGGGACAUUGCUGGAGUGUACAGGCUUUAUGAAAAACCGCUCUUCACCCGUGAUGCCUCACAACUGAAAGGGACUUUCCUCAGCACGACUCUUAAAAAAAGCAAUAUGGGCUUUGGAUUUACCAUCAUUGGUGGGGAUGAGCCCGAUGAGUUUCUCCAGGUGAAGAGUGUCAUUCCUGAUGGGCCUGCAGCACAGGAUGCCAAAAUGGAAACAGGUGAUGUCAUUGUCUAUAUUAAUGAAGUUUGUGUCCUUGGGCAUACUCACGCAGAUGUAGUCAAACUCUUCCAGUCUGUUCCCAUUGGUCAGAGUGUCAACCUGGUGCUAUGUCGUGGAUACCCUCUGCCCUUUGACCCUGAAGAUCCUGCCAACAGCAUGGUGCCACCACUUGCAGUCAUGGAGAGGCCUCCAGUAGUAGUAAAUGGAAGACAUAACUAUGAAACUUAUUUGGAAUACAUUUCUAGAACUUCUCAGUCUGUUCCAGACGUAACAGAUCGGCCUCCUCAUUCCUUGCACUCCAUUCCAGCAGAUAGUCUGCUUGAUAGCACAUUCCCACCACCUGUUCAUGACGAUAAUGUAUCAAUGGCUUCUUCUGGGGCCACGCAAGCUGAACUCAUGACCUUAACCAUUGUGAAAGGGGCCCAGGGCUUUGGCUUCACUAUAGCAGACAGUCCCACAGGACAGAGGGUGAAGCAAAUUCUAGACAUUCAGGGGUGCCCUGGUUUAUGUGAAGGUGACCUCAUUGUUGAGAUCAACCAGCAGAAUGUACAGAACAUGAGCCAUGCAGAAGUAGUGGAUAUACUUAAAGAAUGUCCAGUUGGAAGUGAGACUUCUUUGAUUAUCCAUAGAGGAGGAUUCUUUUCACCAUGGAAGACUCCUAAACCUAUGAUGGAACGAUGGGAAAAUCAAGGCAGUCCGCAGACAAGUUUAUCUGCUCCAGCUAUCCCACAGAACAUCCCCUAUCCACCUGCCCUUCACAGGAGUUCUUUUCCUGAUUCAACAGAGGCCUUUGACCCAAGGAAACCUGACCCAUAUGAGCUGUAUGAGAAAUCACGAGCUAUUUAUGAAAGUAGGCAGCAAGUGCCGCCCAGGACUGGUUUUCGAAUGGAUUCCUCAGGUCCAGAUUACAAGGAGUUGGAUGUUCAUCUUCGGAGAAUGGAAUCUGGAUUUGGCUUCAGAAUCCUUGGAGGAGAUGAACCUGGACAGCCCAUUUUAAUUGGAGCAGUAAUUGCCAUGGGCUCAGCCGACAGAGAUGGCCGCCUACAUCCUGGUGAUGAGUUGGUCUUCGUCGAUGGAAUUCCAGUGGCUGGCAAAACUCACCGAUAUGUCAUUGACCUCAUGCAUAAUGCAGCUCGAAAUGGGCAAGUGAAUCUAACUGUGAGAAGAAAGGUGCUACCCACAGACUCCUGGAGUCAGAAAAAUUCUCUCCAGCCUGGUGCAACGCCCCCUAGCAGCUCCCCAAACCUUAGGAAAAUGGCCAAUAGCCAAGGAGAACCGUGUCCUGAGAAUGGCAGAAGUCCAGGCUCUGUGUCUACGCACCACAGUUCUCCAAGAAGCGACUAUGCCGCAUAUACUAACAGCAAUCAUGCUGGAUCAAGUAGCAAUGCCACACCCCCAGAGGGCUUUGCCUCGCACAGCUUGCAAACAAGCGAUGUUGUCAUCCAUCGCAAAGAAAAUGAAGGGUUUGGUUUCGUUAUCAUUAGCUCCUUGAACAGGCCUGAAUCUGGAUCUACAAUAACUGUACCCCAUAAAAUAGGCCGGAUAAUUGAUGGAAGCCCUGCUGAUCGCUGCGCAAAGCUCAAAGUCGGAGACCGGAUCUUAGCUGUGAAUGGCCAGUCUAUUAUUAACAUGCCUCAUGCAGAUAUUGUGAAGCUAAUUAAAGAUGCUGGUCUUAGUGUAACUCUUCGCAUCAUUCCUCAGGAGGAGCUGAACAGCCCAGCUUCCGCACCCAGCUCAGAAAAGCAGAGCCCCAUGGCACAGCAGCACAGCCCCAUGGCUCAGCAAAGCCCCCUAUCCCAGCAGAGCCCCGUAACGCAGCCGGCGCCUCCCCAGCCCCUCCAGCCCCAAGGACACGAAAACAGUUAUAGGUCAGAGGUAAAAGCAAGGCAGGAUGUGAAACCUGACAUCCGACAGCCUCCCUUUACAGACUAUAGGCAGCCUUCAACGGACUAUAGGCAGCCUCCAUUAGACUACCGGCACCCUCCAGUUUUGGAUUACCAGCAACCGCCACCUCUGGACUACCGGCAGCCCCCGUUGAUAGACUACAGGCAACAUUCUCCUGACACCAGGCAAUACCCUUUAUCAGAUUACAGGCAGCCCCAGGACUUUGAUUAUUUUACUGUGGACAUGGAGAAGGGAGCCAAAGGAUUUGGAUUCAGUAUUCGAGGAGGAAGAGAGUACAAAAUGGAUCUCUAUGUGUUGAGGUUGGCAGAAGAUGGGCCAGCAAUAAGAAACGGAAGAAUGAGGGUGGGGGAUCAAAUAAUUGAAAUUAAUGGGGAAAGCACAAGGGACAUGACACAUGCCAGAGCAAUAGAACUAAUCAAAUCUGGCGGCAGGAGAGUGCGGUUGCUACUGAAACGUGGAACCGGGCAGGUCCCAGAAUAUGACGAACCAAACUCCUGGAGUUCUCCCUCUGCCACCUCCCCAGGUCUGCCGGAAGUAACUAUUUCCCUUGACGACAUUGUCUCACCAUUAUCUUCAUCACAUCUAGCCCAACCCUCUGACCCUUCCCACCAGAUAAACCCAGAGCCAACAUGGGAUAUCAAGAGGGAACAUGAUGUAAGGAAACCAAAGGAGCUUUCAGCAAACGGCCACAAAAAGAAAAGGGUAGGUGAGCAGAGAGAGAGGUCUGCAAGUCCUAAAAAGGUAGACAGGUCAAAGCAUGAAGAGGCUUCUCGGAAAGGAAGCUCAGAAGGCAAGGGUAAGGCUGGUGAAAGCGGCCGGCCGGCGUCAGAAAGCAAGGCGGUUGGACUGAGCACAAUGGCCGAGGCUGUGGCACGAGAUCUUGGGUGUGCAGGAACCAACGAUGAACUGGCCGGGAGAUCCAAGUGGAUGGAAAGCAAAAGAGGGGGGUCGCUCGGUGCAAAAGAUCACAGUGCCACAGGGAAGAAGUUGGCUGCAGCUUCCGAACACGUCAAGCUCGAUUCCAUUGGUGCUACAAAGACAUACAGUAGCAAUAGCAGCAGCUCGCACGGAAGUGACACGGAUCACAGCCAGAAGGAAUCUGAACGGAAGCUCAGCGAGUUCCCACGGAAGGGACACCUCCACUCCAUUAGCACACGUAGCACGAACACGGCAGCCCGGAAGGCAACUGUCUCACCAGGACCGUGGAAGAUCCCUGGUUCUGACAAGCUACCUGAUGUACUAAAAUCUGGCACUUCAGCUAUGAGCAGAUAAAUCAGGGACUGUUGCCUUCUAACUGUUUCGCAGUGAUGCAGAACAUCCUUCUUAGCGUCUGUCUCGCAUUGAUUUACUUUAAUUUAUUUUAACUGUCACACACACACAUACAUGCUCAACACACUGAGAAAUGGAAACAAUAACAUGUAUUUCCAUGACAACGUGCAUAGCGUCCUAAUAAGUUGAAGCAGCGUAUAGUCACGCAGUAUUUAAAUGUGACCCUAAAGUCCCCCCAGUUUCAUUUCAGAGACUUUGGCAGCUAUGGAAGAAAAACCAAAAUAAUAUGAAGGACAGUCAACCACAUGGACAGUGCAGUGUAGCUUUAGUAUGUUGUUUUCCACUGCAUGAAGGACUUUGGAUUUCCGUUCAAACUUUAUAUCAAGAAACUGGAAGAAGUUAGAGCAAUCACAAACUGGAACAUCGCCUUAAAUAAAACUGCACGGAGAAAGCUGAAAGUGGGGAAAGAAAUCUUUUAUCUGAGUUAAAUGUUGUAAAUAAAUUGUUCUCAACAUAUCCAGACAGGGGUUUGAAGCAUUUGAAAAUUGUAUAUCCAUGACAUGUCUCCACUGUUAACACUUUGGAAAAGAUCACCCCAAACCAGUAGCAUAAUUCGUUAUGCAAAGUGUGCAAUCCUAGUGGAUUAGCUGGUGCGAUACCAUUUCUACUGCCAUUUUUGUGAACAACCCAUAUUUCUGUAUGUUGGGGUGGAAUUGUAUCCACAAACCUAGCCUCAAAAAGGAGAUUGCCACAGGUUACUUACACUCCCCGCCCGCCCCCCAUGCACCAGGAUUAUUUGGUACCAUACAAAUUUUGACUUGGAGAACUGUAUAACAUGCAGUUUCCAGGCCACUAUGAUGAGAAGGUGAUUCUUGAAAGAUUGAAAAAUGCAGUUUCCUUUCGGAAAGCCUCCAUCUCCUGCAGGAACUAAUAAUUGCCUCAACACUUGUCCAACUCUCAUUUAAUAUGACUAUCCUUGAGUUUUUGUCUCCCAUCACACUCUAAGAAAUUCUAAGGCAGAGCUCCAAAAGACAUCCUCAUCCGUUAUCUAAAGUCAUAUAUACAUCAGGCAUCCAGCUCUUAUCUUGCUUCCAUAUUUUUAUUCGGAACAUUCUUGCUUUUAACUUUCGAAUUUCAAGUGCCAUGAGAACAUUUCAACCCACGCCGGUGAAGUACAGCUUCUCCAAUGAGCUCCAUUAAUCAAUUCUUUAUCCCUGAGAGGUUUUGCUAUUUUCCCAGCAACAGCAAUACAAACAACAGCAACUCUGUAAUAAUGUGGGGUUUUUAAUAAAUAAAUAAAAAUCACAAAGAUAACUAUGCUUAAGAAUGAUGUGUUUGGCAAACUCUCAUGUAACUGGGAAAUACAUUGCUCGAUGAUGGAGCAAACAUCCUUUUGGUGGAAGUUUUGAUUUGGAGAAGGCUGUGAGGCAGUGAUGGGAUGUUAGCCAUUCUGGUGAUGUGCAGCGCAGGAGAACAGCCUCUUGCCGGCUCUCCCAGCUCAUUUAUCAGAAAGAGCUCCUGGAGCUUCAUUUUUCCUUCAGGAGAUACGGAGGCAUCAUUCUACAAUAGUUGGGAUAAGUCAAAAGAAAGGAUUUUGCACCUUUUAAACAAGAUGCUUAUUUUAAGAACUAGUCCCAUUAUAAUUUUUUAAGAAAGCACAAAGAUAUGUAGCUGUUUACAAAAUAUAAAUAUAUAUAUAUAUAUAUAGUUUUUAAUUAAGAAAUUAGAGAUAUAUCUUUAUCCUCCAACCUAGACAUUUGGCAUAAUUCGUUGUUAAUUUAUUAAAUCUGGAUGUUGGACAAAAUUUCCCUAAUCUAAAUGGAAAUGCACAUCCAUCAAUAUUAUUUCCUAUGUAUAAUGAACAGAAACAAACAGCGUUGGGGAGUAAAUAGUUGAGAUUAUGCUUGCAUAAACUCCGAUUUGCAAGUGCCCAGAAAAUCCUUGUGCAGUAAUUGCUUUAUGCGGUUGUAAUUGAUAACCUGUGAAGACAGCGCAUCAUCUAAACCCCAUUCCAAAUAAUAUUUCUGUGUAGUGUUAGCUGUGAAUUUACCUUGUACAGCUCUAUCGCUAUAAAUAUAAUUCCAUGUAUUAAUAGUCACAGAAAGGCUGUAAGUGAGCAACUAUUUUUAUGAAACGCACCACUAUGGAUAAAUUAACUUUUACAGAAAUCUUGUUUACUGUAUGAUAUUCUAAACCACUCAAAUAAAAUAUAUAUCCAAGAAUUUUUUUCCCAACUCACGCUGUGUAAUAAUUUUUUUAUUGGGGGAGGGAGAUAUCAUGAAAAUAGUGGUUGUCUCCAUGCAAAGAGAGCACCAUUUUUCUAUAUGACAACCAAGCCAAUCACACACUUUGAGUGGUGUGAACCUUUAAAUCCAACCUGUAGAUUGUAGCUGUGGCGUCGGUGCAGAAUUGGGCCUCGGCAGAAGGAUUAACCGAUAAUGCAGUCUCAACAAAAAUCCCUCCCCAAAUCUGUUAUUUAGCACAGGAGGAACAAUCUCUCUGGCCUGACAUGCACAAUCCGAAUAUAUGGGAAACCGGCAGCUGAUACACAUGAUCUCAACGUAUCCUAUUUGGUCUGUAUGCAGAGAGAGUUCUCUCUCCGAAUGGCUUCUCUCUUUUCCCUGCCACCCCAUGAGAUGCAAUUUAAUGCCUAAAACAAUCUUCUAGUUGUGCAGCUUUCUACGUGACUCAGGUGACGUGGGAACCAGUAAACUCUGCUCCUUCCUACACUUACUGGGUCUUGUGGAAAUCAGAGGGUGCCUCUCAAUGCUGACUUGGAUGGAACCGUAGGGUGGGUGCCAUCUGCAUGCCCUGCGACUUUUCAGGCUAACCCAGAAGCUCAUGGAAGAACAAUGCAAAGGCAGCACCCACAUCCUCAACAUCAGGCAGUGAGGACCAAGGAUCCCACCAAGGCACACACACACACCCCAAGUACAUUGCUAUUAUUUCACAUAGCCAUAUAGUGGAAAAAAAUACCAAAUUACAAGUCAGUGCUGUGAUAUAAGGUGAACAAAACCCAAUAUUGGCCAAGUGGAGUUUAAUACUCACAGAAGAAAAUUGCUAUUUCAUUAACCCGCAGCCUGGUUUCGCUCAGGACAUGAAUUUACACAGUAGAUUCCCCACAUACUAUGCAAACCCCUCUUACACUGAAGUUGUCCACAUGUAGCUGCUGCAGGACUUAAUUAAAUGGAGCUUACC